AUGAAUGCAGGAGAUAAUAAACCAGCACCGAUACAACUCGACGAUAAUAUAUUCCAUCUUGAUUUGCACCCUAGUAACAACAUUGCGGUUACCGGCAUGAUUAACGGUCGAAUUCAUUGUUAUCGUUAUGGUUUAGAAGGCCAUGAACAAUUAUGGAAAACUAGAGCAUUUAAAAAAUCAUGCAGAGGUGUUGCAUUUACACAUGAUGGCUCUCAAAUAUAUGGUAUUUCACGUGAUAAAUCGAUCCGACUUUUAGAUGCAGAAACUGGUGAAGUCAUUCAUAUUCGAGAAGAAACUCAUGAAUCACCCAUUAAUUCACUUUUAAUCAUCGAUGAACAUAAAUUAGCAACAGGUGACGAUAAAGGGGUUAUAAAGCAUAGAACAUUAUUAACAGUAGGAGGUGACGGGUACUUAUCUACUUGGGAUAUUCGUAAACCUAAUGUAGCUGCUAUGUCAGAUCAAAUUGAAGAUGAGCUUUUAUCUAUACAACUCGUGAAGAAUGAGAAAAAAGCAGUUGUGGGUACACAAGAUGGUAUCUUAAGCUUGUGGUCCUGGGGAGAUUGGGGUGAUUAUAAUGAUCGUAUUAUUGGACAUCCAAACUCCAUUGAAGCUAUUUGUAAAUUAGAUGAAGAUACAAUCUGUACAGGAAGCAGUGAUGGUAUUAUUCGGUAAGGUAGCUUGUAUGUAAUAUCAAUUCCUCUUAACUUAAUUUUUUUUUAGUUUGGUGACUAUUUUACCAAAUGAAUUUCAUGGCGCUUUGGGUGAUCAUGGUGAAGAUAUGCCCAUUGAAAAUUUAAAACUAAGUUAUGAUAAGAAAUUAUUGGUGUCAAGUGGACAUGAUGACAAAUUGCAAUUUUGGGAUAUUGCUCAUCUUUUUGAAGAGGAAGAGGAAGCGACUGCAAAAUUAGAAGAUGAAGAACAGGACGUAUCGCAUGAUAAAGAGGAAGAAGAUAAAACUAAUGACGAACCUACUGUAAAAGAUUCGGAUGAUGAUUGGGGAACUGAUUCAGAUGAUGAAAGCAGCAAUAAAAAAAAGAGAAAGAAGAAGCAAAAAAAGAACAAGACAGAAAAGAAAAAGAAUAACAAAAAUAAUACAUUUUUUGCAGAUAUGUAAAAAUAAAUAUUUAAUUACAAAUAAUAUAUGUGUGGAUGUAGAUGAAGAUGUGUAUG